AUGUCCAACCAAAGACAAGCCUCCUCCGCUUCCCAAGUCCCCCACCUUUCACCCGCCGAACUCUCCUACCUCUAUACCUCCCUCAGCCUGCCUAAGAACCCAAUUCGACCAGAUGGACGUUCUCCCACACAGUUCCGCCCUCUCUCUGCAGAGACAAACAUCCUACCUGGCACCAACGGCAGUGCGCGCAUCGGAUUCGCAGAUGGCACACAAGCGAUCGUUGGAGUGAAAGCCGAAGUUGAGAAGACCGUCCUUGCAGCUGACACGCUCGACUCUCGGAGUCUGGCGCAGCACGGCGACGCACUGAACCGUGAAGGCGAGCAAGGCUCUGCGGCUGUUUCCGGGCACGGCGAGUGGGUGCAGAUGUCGAUUGAGAUUCCCGGAUUCCGGGACGAUGAUGCGCUGCCUGUGUUCUUGAGUGAGAUGAUGCGGGAGAGUCUUGUUGGUUCCGUUUCCAAUGAGAACGGAUCGAAAGAGAUGGCCGGUGGAUUGAAAGGGAGGCUCGUUAUUAACAAGCGGUGGCAUUGGCGCUUGUAUAUUGAUGUCUUGCUUCUCUCCCAGCCACUCUCAUACCCCCUCCCCCUCCUCUCGCUCACGACCCAUCUCGCCCUCCUCAACACCAAGCUCCCCAAACUCAAGUCUACAGGUGAAGAAGAUCCUUUCUUCGAUGAUGACUGGGCUGCUGCUGAGUACCUUUACCCGCGCUCCAACAAAAAAUCUUCUCUCUCUGCUGCACCAUCACACCCCGUCCGCCCACCUGUAACGCUGCUCGUGAUCUCCGUUGGCGAAAAUGUCAUCUUCGAUCCCAACCGCGAGGAGAUCGCUGUCGCAGAUGCUGUGUUGGCCAUUUCAAUUACGCGCAGCAACGAUUCUGAUACCUUGAGAUUGCUCUCUAUCCGCUCUAUCGACCCUCCCUCCCGCCUCACCCAGCCUGGUAUCCCCAAUUCUGAGAAUGUGAAUAUGCUCGGUGCUACAGCUGGGCCUGGCGAGGAAAGUGGUGGCCAGGAGGAAGUCAAUGGUGUCUGGCGGCCCCGCCGAGGUGGGAUUCAGCGCAGUAUCAUUGCUCGUAUGGUUAAGACUGUUCUCGGCAAGGGAGGUGUUGGCGAGGAGGUUCUUGAGGGCCUUGAGGGAGUUGAAGUGCAAUGA